UCUGCUCCUCCAUCUUCGUGGGCUUCCUAGAAUUAUUGCAACACCACCAGCAUGUCUCAGGCUGAGUUUGAGAAAGCUGCUGAGGAAGUUAAGCACCUCAAGACCAAGCCAGCAGACGAUGAGAUGCUGUUCAUCUACAGCCGCUACAAACAAGCAACCGUGGGUGACAUAAAUACAGAAUGGCCUGGAAUGUUGGACCUCAAAGGCAAAGCCAAGUGGGAUGCCUGGAAUGAGCUGAAAGGGACUUCCAGGGAAGAUGCCAUGAAAGCUUAUGUCGACAAAGUAGAAGAACUAAAGAAAAAAUAUGGAAUGUAAGGGACUGGGUUUGGCUGCCAGCCACACAUUUCACCUAAACUGAUCUAAUACCUUGUUUUUCUAAUACUGUGGAUGAAGUUAAUAAAUAACUAGUUAACCCA